AAUUUUUCAUUCAUUUUCCACAAAUUGCCGUGUUUUUCUCCGUAUUUUUAUUACAAAUUGUCACAAUAAAGAUGUCAGACAAUCUGUCGGCGCGGUGGCAUCGAAUUUUGGACAUGACGAACCGCGAAACGUCAGACGAUGUGGUGAUUGCCCGUUCGAGCUUCGAUGACUUCUCCCAGUCAACUCCAUGGCGAAAAUUCGAAAUUUCGUGUGGAAAUCGGUCAUUCUUUGUGAAUCCUGGAUGGCUCGCCGAACUGUCUCCAUACUUUGCCGAUGAGCUCUACGUCAGAAAGCCCAAUGUUCAACGAUAUGUGAUCGAUCAGGCGACUCCUGAUGAGGUGCUCGAGUUCCUUCGAUGCAUCACCUUCUGCCCAAUGAGGAAACCACUUACAGUUAAAAACGUUUCCCUCGUUCUGACUUUCGCCAAUCGUUUCGAGAUGCGUCCGGUUCAAGCCCGUUGUGAGAACUUCAUCGCGCAGAAUGCCACUUCGCUCAGCCGUGAUAAAACCAAACUUUUUCAGUUUUUCCCGUUGCAGGUGACAUGCGCCAUGUCUCAAUGUGACCCAAACAGCUCGACAAUGUCAGUUCUCGUCGACAAGUUGGCCGGCAUAAAAGAUGACGAGCUAUCCCGUCUGCACUUCGCCGAAAUGCCAGGGGAUGUAGUUGCUGAAGUCUAUGCUCAGAAGAUUCAGAGAACGAAAGACAAGAAAGCUCAACGUCAAGCUGGAGCCAGUGAUGAGACUGCAGCUGGAUGUUGCUUCAUGCAAUGGGCAUCCUCUCUGUUCAAUCGCCGUCGUCAACGCAAUCAGGCUGAUCAGUCGAUUCUUCCACCAAGCGGAGACCAACAACAUCACCGCAGCGAACUGCAUGCCUAAAAACCAAGAAUUUUGCCUGUAAAAUGCCCGAUUUCACUUUACCGUUUUAUUGUUUCCCCCGUUCUUAUUCUCAUACUAUCUAAUAAUGAUAAUAAUUACGAGAAGACUCCCCACACCCGGUUGGUAACAAACGCCGUACAAAAUUGUUGAUUCAUCUUACUCCCCCUACCACUUCUUUUCUAAUUUUUUAUCAGAUGAAGUUUUGUUUUCU